AAUAGUUAUGCACAGGGGUCAGCUGAAAUGCAGAAGGAUGCAGAGAUACCUCAGACAGUUCUGUCAGAACAGACCUCGACGAAAGGAAAUAAUCCCGACAGGUGUCCUAGCCGAGCUUCGUUAGUGAAAGGAUGCUUUGCACUGCACUAUGCUUCAAUGCCCCUACGGAGCAAGGACAUAACUCAUUUCUAAACCACGACGCGGCGGACGCGGGAUGGGGAGCCCAGUUAAAUGGGAUUCUUCUGUCAGGAACGUGGAACAAGAAACAGAAGUUAUGGCAUUUAUUUGUAAAGGAGAUGUAUGCAGUAUGUGCUGCAAGACGGAGUCAGAUGAGUCAGAUGGACCACCUCGGAGGUGCUCACAGAUUAGUCCAGACAGACUAUCAGACUCUCGUUGCUUAUAUCAGGAAAAAAGGGGGCAUGAGGUCCCUAGCACUACUGACUCUUACAACCAGACUGCUGACACUUACCGACCAGCUGAAAGUUUCACUGUCGGCUUGUUACCUCCCGGGGAGGUACAACAAUAUUGCAGACCGAUUAUCAAGUGCAAAUCCACUUCUGGAGUGACAUUUACUUCCACAGGCUACGGAAGCCAUAUUCAAGAAGCGGGGAGUGCCAGAAAUCGUCUUGUGUACAUCGGCAGAGACAAAGAUAGUGCCAAGAUAUCAGACACGUCUUCAUUAAAGAGACGUUAUGUGUUUGGCAAGGUACAUAAUAGGAAUGUUUUGCAUUCCAACAAAACAUGUAUUAUGUACUAAACAAACACAUAACGUCUCGGCAAGGGCCUUGCUGUUGAAGACGCUAUGAAGUGACAGACGUCAACCGUCAGGAUGACAGCUCGCUUCAGCCAAGCGCGAGCGGGCAUCCCAGCUGGACCAUAGAGAAAAAACACGGUAACCAUAGAGAAAGAGGUAUGUUUUAAGUAUUUUAAGGG